AUGCAUGCCUCUUACCAUUUAAACUGUACUACCUGUAAAAACGCCUUGGCGUCUUCUGAUAAUUUUUUAACUGAAUUUAAUAGUUUUGUUAAUAAGUAUUCUACACAUAAUCUCUUAAUCAAUGCUGAUACUAAUGAUGUUUUAAAAAAAAAAUGUGCGUCUCCAGAUUCUAAUAUUGUUUGUAAUCCCCUUAAAACCUACUAUCAGAAUGUACGUGGCCUUAGAACGAAACUUAACACUCUCAGGUGCAACUUUAUUUUAUUUGAUUCUUAUGAUAUAAUCAUAUUAACUGAAACUUGGCUCACGCCAGACAUAGGUAACGCUGAACUAGGUUUCGUUGGGUUCCAUAUUUUCAGAUUUGACAGAAAUUCAUACUCAAGUUCAUCCACCCGUGGUGGUGGAGUCCUUAUUGCGGUCAAAUCUAGCCUUAAUGCUUCCUUAAUCGUCAACAAUUGCCUUAACGUAGAGCAAGUUUUUGUAGCUCUAUCAUUUUUAAAAACUAAAUUUUUAAUCGGUGCUAUUUACCUACCUCCUAACUCUUCUGCUGACGUGUAUGAACAACACUCACAUACUGUUGAACAACUAGUAUCUGUGUACUCCCCCUGUAGCACAAUUAUUUGUGGCGAUUACAACAUGCCAGGCAUCGUUUGGUCACGUGAUAACAUUGGUCUCAAAAUAUUGGGGAGCUCCACACGUGCAUCCGCGCUAAUUGGUGACUCGAUCUCUUUCCUAAACUUCUUCCAGGUCAACUCUCUUUCCAAUGCCCAUGGUAGCCUACUGGACUUAGUCUUUUCAAAUUUGAGUGACCUUUCAGUAUAUAAGUCAAGCCUAUCAUUAGUGAUUUCUGAUCCAUACCACCCACCUUUAGAUAUAAAUUAUAUGUUAGAACGUCCACGGGGUAUCGAUAAACCUAGAACGUUUCGGGAUUUUAAGAAUGUAGACUAUGAACCUAUAAAUGAAUUUCUAUCACGUACUGACUGGGUAGCAGAACUUUCUAAUCGUAGCUCCAACGAUGCUGCCUCUUUCUUUAAUUGUAAGCUAUCGGAGGCCAUCGAUAAAUUUAUACCUAUCAAAACAUUCCACGAACAUAAAUUUCCUCUCUGGGUAUCUCCUGAACUUAAAAGGUUAAUUUUUCAAAAAAAGCGAGCCCACCUUACUUUUAAAAAAUCAGGUCUUCCAAUAGACUAUAAUGUUUUCUCUGAGCUACGGGCAAAAUGUAAAUAUCUCUCCAAGUCAAACUACCACGCGUAUAUCAAAAAAACAGAAAGAGCAUUGUCCAACUCUCCACGUAGUUUCUGGAAAUAUGUGCGUGAUCUUAAACAACAUCCUGAAGUUCCAGUUUCAGUACGCUUUGGUGAUCAUUCCUCAAACGACCCUUCCGAUUCUGCUAACCUUUUCUCUGACUACUUUAAAUCAGUCUUCUGUUCUUCUACCCCAAAUCAGUCCCAAUCACUUAGCCCUCUUAGUCUGUCAUUUGAUCUCCCAUCGGAUUGCAACUUCUCACCGGAGGAUAUUCUUUCAGCGCUAUCUUCCCUAUGCAAUAAAACCUCCACAGGUCCGGAUGCAAUCCCGGCCAUUUUUCUUUUCAACUGUCGUUUGUCUGUCUACAUUCCGAUGUUCCUUUUGUUUAGAAGGUCUCUGGAUGAAUGUACGUUCCCUGAUAUCUGGAAAAUCUGUUCUGUAACGCCUGUUUUGAAAUCUGGUGAUGCUUCGGAAGUCACUAAUUACAGACCAAUAUCAAUAAUCUCUCAUAUUGCCAAGCUAUUUGAACUUGUUGUUUAUCAGUGCAUUAAACGUAGCCUUAAUCAUAUAUUGAUUGAUGAGCAGCAUGGUUUCAGGCCAGGUAAAUCUACUUGCACAAAUGGUGUUUCCUUUCUAUCAUACAUUAUUGAGAACAUUGAGACUGGUUCUCAAGUUGACGUCAUAAUCACUGAUUUUAAAAAAGCAUUUGAUACGGUUAAUCACGAGCUGCUUAUUUAUGAAUUAGAACGUCUAGGCCUUGGAUAUCCGUUGCUCGGAUGGUUCAAAUCUUACAUUACAGGUAGGAAGCAAUUUGUAAAAGUGGCUGGGGUAUCAUCCUGCGUAAUCAACAUUCCAUCAGGCGUUCCUCAAGGAGGGCACUUAAGUCCACUGCUGUUCUCUCUUUUUAUAAAUUCUCUGUCCCAACACCUUAACAGGGCCAAGUGUCUUCUCUUUGCUGAUGACAUCAAACUAUUUUUGAAAAUUGACUCUACGGCUGACCAGGCUGUUCUACAGAGUGAGCUUGAUUUAUUUUCUAUCUGGGUAAAUCGUCUUGGACUGGUACUUAAUCUUGACAAAUGUCACUCAAUUACCUUCACUAAAUCACGUUCAUCUACAAACAGAACAUAUUCCAUCAAUGGCUUUCCACUUAAACAAGUAUUCCAAAUUAAAGACCUUGGUAUCCUUUAUACGUCUUCUCUUUCAUUUAACCAGCAUAUUGAUGCAAUAGUAGCACGUGCUCUUAAGGUUCUCGGAUUUAUUAAACGCAACACUAAACAUUUCACAUCAGUGAAUUGUCUUCGUUCCCUCUACUUUACAUUAGUGCGACCAAUUAUCGAGUAUGGAGUUGUGGUAUGGCACCCAUACCUUGCAAGACACCAGCAUAAGCUAGAACAGGUACAAAAUCGAUUCCUAAGCUACUUAGCAUUUACGAGUAAAACUGACGUGUCCCCCCAUGACUAUGUCCAACUACGUAAAAUGUUUAAUAUCCCAUCUCUCUCUACGCGUCGCACCGAUAUAGAUGUACACUUUUUAACUUCCCUUCUAAAUGGUACUUUAGACGCUCCUAACUUACUUGCUAAAAUUCCAUUUAAAGUUCCUACCCGUGGAAUACGAAACCUAGACCAGUUUUAUGUUCCCCAUCACUCUACUGCCUAUGGUUACAAUCAUCCACUUCACAGAAUGCUCAGAGUUACUAACUUAAAUAUACCUUAG